AGUUCUGUAAAAGAUUUCCGACAAGGCUGGCAGCACUGACUGGCCCGUACCGAACCACCCUAAACGGUGAGGUAGGCUCUUUUCUGUUUUCAGAAAGUUUAUUGAAAAACUUGCGCGUAUUUAGUGAUUGUUUAUUUCAGUGUACACAAGUUUAAUGCCUAAAUUGUAUUGAGGGCAGCGUAUAGCAGAAGGCUGUAUCGCUCAGUGUCAACAACAGCGAUGGUCAUGGAGGCGUCCCCAUCUCCGCAGAGCGUCGGCCGCGAAUUCGUCCGCCAGUACUACACGCUCCUGAACAAGGCGCCCGCCCAUCUCCAUAGAUUCUACAACAAUUACUCGUCGUUCAUCCACGGCGGUCUCGACGCCCCCAACCGCGAGACGCUUCCCGUUGUGGGACAGAAGCAGAUCCACAAUCGCAUCCAGCAGCUCAACUUCCGCGACUGCCAUGCCAAGAUCAGUCAGGUGGACGCUCAAGCGACCCUGGGCAACGGCGUCGUGGUCCAAGUGACGGGCGAGCUCUCCAACGGCGGGGCUCCGAUGCGCCGCUUCACGCAGACCUUCGUACUGGCCGCGCAGUCUCCGAAGAAGUAUUACGUUCACAACGACAUCUUCCGUUAUCAGGACAUAGUGUUUUCGGACGAAGAAGGCGAAGGAUCUGGUCGCUCUGAAGGCGAAGAGGAGGAGAGCGCCGCCAACGCGGGGGCCUAUUUCCCUCCCCCGCCCAACGCGUUCCCGUCGGCGCCCUUCCCGCAGCCGCCGCACGCCCCCCUCGUGUCCCCCCCGCCGCCCGCGCCCGCCCCCCCGGCGCCGCAGCAGCCCGCGCACCACCUCAAUGGACACCCUCAGCAGCACGACGACGUGUCCCGGCACCUCGUUGCCGCUCUACAAGCCACGACCGCGCCGAGCGAGCCGGAGCCCGAGCGGAGCGCCACCCCGCCCCCCGCCCCCGCGCCGCUCGACGCCGCGCCCGAGCCGGAGCCCGAGCGCGAACCCACUCCGCCGCCACAACCAGCAACCGUCCCUCCGGAACCGAAGACCUACGCGAACCUCCUGAAGUCGGGGUCGAGUCAGGCUCAGCGCGCCAUGCCGGCGGUGGUGCCGAGCAGUGCGCCGCCCCGCGCCCCCCGGCCCGCGCCGCCCCCCGGCUUGCCCCCCGCCCCGGAGGCGGCGCGGCGCUACUCGGACGCGCAGCAGCUGUUCCUGGGCAACCUGCCGCCCGGCGCCAGCGAGGACGAGCUGCGCGCGCUGUUCGCGCAGUUCGGGCCCGUCGCCGAGCUGCGCGUGCACGCCAAGAGCGCGCCGCCCGGCCAGCCGCGCCUGCCCAACUACGGCUUCAUCACGUACGAGAGCUCGCAGGCCGCCAGCGAGUGCCUGAGCGCGGCGCCGCUGUACUUCCCGCCGGACAGCGCCGACGCCGUCAAGCUCAACGUGGAGGAGAAGAAGGCGCGCGGCCGCGAGCCCCCGCCCCGCGCGCGCCGCCCGCCCUCCUCGGCCCGCGCCCCCCGCCCCGCCUACCGGCGCUAGGCCCCGCCAGCCCCCGCCACCCGCUGCGGACGCGCCCGGUGUACACUCCUGUAUGUUACUUAUAUAACUUGCCUCCCUCACUCACAUAAACUAUUAUACAUCUGCCGCAGUUCUAUUUUAUUUAAAAAUCAUUACGAAAAUUAAUUACAUUCCUCUCCGUUGAAAGUAAUGUUAAAAAUUGUAUCCCUGUUCACGGUGACGAAGUUCUAUGUAAUACUCGCCACCAGUAACACUGAUCGCAUUAAAUUCACAAAUUUAUUCAUUUGUAGUUUAAAAUUAUGAGAUAAAAAAGAUCUCAGAUUGACUUUUUUAACUGCAGACCAUAGUUAAUUGUUUAGCUGUACGAGGACCGCUCGCCUCGCCGCGCUGAUCUGUUGGACUGAACUGUUCAUUAAAGAUAGAUAAAGGAGUUCUGCUUUUGCAUUCCACACGAAAUGAAUUGUAAUCCAGUCACACAUACAGUUGGUGCCACAAUACAAUUUCCUUUCUGCAACAGAUGAAUUAGCUUUUCGUUAGUACGGCAAUCUGACAAUGGCAUUAGCGUAGUCAAUGUUAAAAGACUGCCGGCCGGGGAGCCACGCUAGUACGUACAGAAGACCAGGUCUUUUCACAAAUUGUAAUGUCCGCAGCGGUACUUAAUUUCUAAUACAUUUUUAUUUUUACAUUAACAACGCUUCGCAAUUCGCUUAACAUGAAUAUUUCGUUUAAGUAGUUAGAUAGUAAAUUAAUUUCUUAUUUUAAUAAUUAAUUAAUAGUAACGGAAUUCCGGUGGUGUGACCAAUUUGCAAAAAAAAAACAAAUUAUAGAAGUUGAUUAAAAUUCUAAACGUUUCUACUGUAGGUACAACGAUUUACUGAUAUGAUUUAGUCGUUAACAAAACGUUUUGAAGAAUGUACACAUUUAUGAUUUACGAAAUUUCGUAAACUGGUCACACCGACGACAAUUCGCACUUAUCGAUUUCUAAUUUCCAAGCCUAAUAAGGACGGUUGGUUGUAAUUAAAAAGAAACAUAAAUAUAGUUUGUUCAUAUCACUAUAGUUUGAUUCGUAGUUGGAAUUUGUGAUAUCGUUUGUCUGGUAAAUCCUCGAGCACCGCGCAGUGCCCGGGGUGCUCCCUGGCGUCCGGGGCUCCGUGGCGAGUGCGACAUGAAGUUCGAGAAUAUUCUUCCAGUGUCCAAACGUGUCGUGGCCAAUGUUACCAAUUAAACCGUCGAUAAUAUAUAUAACAAAAAAAUCUAUAUAUGUAUUCAAAACAACCCAUCGUUCUUCAGCGAGAAUAAUUCUGUAAAGGCUGUAUGAUAGCUGAGAUAUCGACAUUCUUUGUAAUUUUUUUGUUGAAACUACAAAUUGUUUUCUCGCCCCGAACACAAAUACCCUCAAAAUACUUGUAACUUUUGUAUGUGCAUAUUUCGUCUAUAAGUUUGCGAUUCGAAUAAACUACAAGGGUCAAGAUUCAAGUAAGCAUGAGCACCGAGAUCGUACGUAGUUUGCAGUGCGUCCACAACUAACCAUUACUGCCGCAUCCCACCGCCGGCCCUAGUGUCGGGGGUGGGGUAGUGUUGUCCAGCCCUCUCGAUAUUCCAAACCUCAUGUCUGACUAUCGACGGUUCGCGUUUACCACCAAAACAUGCAUAAUAAUGUGAUUUUAAAACAAAUAUUCGCUCUACCGCGGUUUUAAAUCUGAUGAUAAGUUCAUAUGUAUCUUUUAUGUAUUUAUUGGUUUGCCGUAAAUUGACUCUGGAUACGCAUCUCGAUAUACGAAACGUUUCCAAAAGAGCAGUAAAUAAUAAAGCAGUAAUUUUUAUAAGAAGGUUAGAUGGGGACGUAUCAUCUGUGUGUUUGAUCAGGCGAGAAUUCUAAACGUGCAUAGUGCUGUUUCGCUUGCACUCACAGUAUGUGCGAGCGAGACGCACAGAGCUGUUCACAACAUGCCUUCGAAAGUACUCGUUUUAAUAUAAGGCUGUCAGCGCAAAAGUGGCCUAACCUACAAUUUUUCAUAUUCAUGCCUAUGUGUUAUAUAAAACAUCAUAAAUUUUGAUGCAAAACUGGCCUAUACCUAGUUUCAACCACAGAUAAUAAAUGGCUUUUAAACAUUAUUUUUGCGUGCGAAGCAGUGUAAAAGUAAAUUCAAACCUCGUUAUCUCCACACUAACUAUGGUAAGCUCAAGCCACUUUUGCGCUGACGGCCUCAUACAUUAUGUUAAAUAAAUUAAAAACGCCCACUAACGAUGACACGGUCAAGUGCUUUUAUCUAUGUAUCUCAAAUCAAACUUAAAUUAGUCUUACAACUACUGUUUAGCGUCAUUAGAGUUUAUAUUUUACAUAUAAAUGAUGAGAAUUAAUGCUAUUGUCAUUUUAGCUGUUUGAUAAUAAGCCACAAACAAAUUGUCACAUAGAUGAUAUUAUAUUUUCGUCUUGAGUUAUUUGAAAACUCACAAUAUUUAGAUAAUUUCUGUCAAAAUUAUUCUAUCAAUUCGAUUCUUAUUAUUCAAUUUAAAUGUUAUAAUUUUCGUUCUUUCUAAGAGUAUACAAUCAAAAAUAACAUGCUAAUGUUAUCUUAUUUCAGUUUCAUUUAUGGAGUUUACGCUUUACAGAGCAAUUUAUUGAAUAGCAUUAAUCCUCAUUAUUUACGUAUACUAUGAAUAGUAACAACUAUUUCAAAGCUUGUAAAAUAUGUCGAUGUUUUAAUUUUAACCUUAUCGAUAAAACUGCUUGCCACAUUGAACUUGUGUUGUGCUAUUUGAGGACGAAAAUUGUAACUAAAAUUAAUUCCCAAACUGACUGUAUACGAUGCAAAUUAAAAAAAUAGAUAUGUCUUAACGGUAUAGCCUUUUUGGAUGGAAAGAAUUUGCCUGUAACAACAGCAGGUAUAGCCUUUUUGGAUAUUUGCUAUGUUUCGGUUAUUGGCUGUUUGUUGGACAAUGUAAGUGAUCGGAAAUCUGUGUAAUAUUUGAUUACUAUACGAGGUGACUAGCACCGCCAUGUGAUGCGAUAAGUUUCUCAGUAACUGCAUUAAUUUCUAUUUUGUUUAUUUUAGACGUUAAGUCAUCUGUGGCAUUACAGCUUUCACGAAAAGAACGAAAAAGUCUUAUGUUAUUUUCGUCCUCAUAAAAGCUAUAAUUUUAUCAAUUGAAUUGGUGUUCUCUUUCUCGCUUAACAUUAACUGAACGCUCGUGAGAGAGACAGAUAGUUUUCGGUUCGUUAUAAACGUUUUUUGUUUGUUUAAAAAUAGGGAAGGACUACAUUAUGUCGAUGUUUUUUUUUUUUUUUUAUACGAUUGUCUUCGCGUCUCUGUAACGUAACGAGUUAGUUUUUAGCGGCUAGUUGUGGCCGAUAAGGGACGAUAACUUUUCUCGACACAUUAAACAGGAAUUUAAUAAAACUGGGUGAUCUCAAAAGCUUAUUAUUUUUGAUGUUUAACUCAUCUUCCUUAGUAUCUAUAGUAUUCGUAUUAGUCACGUCACCAAAAGGACAAUAUUGCAAAUUGUUUUACUGUAAAGAUAGAAUUGUUUUUUUUUAAACAUCGAUUCAGAAAUAAUUUUUGAAAAUCAAUAAAAAUCCUCUUUCAAAAUCGAUGAAAUGUUUGAAAGUGAGAUAAACUGAACGCAUUAAAAAUUUGAAUCUAACAAAGGUGGUCCCGUCUCGCGCCUCUGUAGACAUGUGAAAGUACUUGUGUUUGGUAUGUAGUUCGUUAUUUUUAUAACAAUAAAAUUAUCGAACAUU